AUUUGCAUAUUAUAAAAGGUUCCUACCUUUGAUGUGUGAAAAGAUGGUGACCUACUGAUAAAGAAAUUCUGUGAUAAAAAUUAUAUUUAUUGAAGAAUCUUUUCCAUCAUACAAAUGUUGAUAGUCUUAAAAGUAGGCAAUGCAUUGGAGUUGGAUACAUUUACAGCAAUUUAUGAUAAAUACUUCUAUGAAACUUAUAUAUAAAUAGUAAAAAAAUUAUGAGCUCUCAAAAAUUAUAUUGAAUUAAACUAAAUUGUAUACAAUGUCUCAUUGUGAAGAAGUAGCAUCAUCUGGUUUUCACCAAUUAAGUAUUACAAUUGAAGGUGCUGUAUUAAGAAGUUCUACGUUUCUAAAGCCUAAUCCUUACAUAGAAUUUUCUGUUGACGAUAAAAGUCCUCGGAAGACAGAAGUUUCAAAAUCCACAUAUCAACCAAAAUGGAAUGAGGAAUUCACAAUACUUGUAACUCCAUAUUCUCAAUUACAUUUUCGAUUGUUAGAUCACAGUACAUUUCGAAAAGAUACCUUAAUUGGAGAAAAGAAAAUAAGUCUUUCUCAAGUAUUAUCUUAUUAUAAUGGAAAAUUAGAAAAUAUGGAAGUAACAUUUGAUUUAAUGAGUGAAAAUAAACAUGAUUCUCAGCUAUGUAAGGUUGGGGAAUUAAUUACAAUAUUUGACGGAUUAAGAAUCAAUAUGCCAAAUACAUCGUCAUUAGCUAUUAAUGAAUCACCGUGUCAGACACAAUCUGUCUGCAUGCCUUUUGAUGGUGUUUCAAGUAAUGAUGCUGUUAGUAAUAGUAGCAUUCUUAACGGAGGAAUUCGUGCUCGCAUGAGAUUUCAUGAAGCUAAACAUGCUGUUGCAUCAUCUACAUUUCAUGGAACAUUAACAAGUGUUUCUCAGAAUUCUACUUAUAAUAGUGGAGGUGAACAAGUUAAUGCUAACAAAAAUAAUCAACAAAUUGAUUCUGUUACAUCAAAUUCACUAUCAAAUGGACAUGCAAUAUCGCCUGCAGACAAAUCUUUUGUAACAUUGUCAGGACGUUCUACAGCACCUUUAUCAACAUCUGUAUCGACAUCUGGUAUAGUAGAUGGAAGAAUUGUUAGUACAUGUACAGAACAAUUUCCAAAAGUUUGUGUCUCAGAGAGUCGUAAUAUUUCUCAACUUGAACAAUCAACAAUAUUGCCUGGAACAGUUGGAAUAUCUAGAUCAGAUCAAUUAACUGUUAAUACAGACAUAUGUUCACAUAAUAGAACAGAACAAUCUAUUUCUAAUGAACGUAAUUCUCGAACAGAAUCAGUUACUGGUCCUGUUUCAGAUAGUUAUGGAACUAUGAGAACGGAUCAAGAUACUAAUCCUUUAGUAGAUGAAUGUAUAGUUUCUAGAGUAGAUCAGUUUAGAAAUUCUGGUUUAACUGAUAGUCAGGGACAUUCUCAAACAGAGCAAUCUGUAGUAUUUACUUUACCAGAUGGUUCUCACUUAGAACAACCUACAGUGUUUCUUAUGACAGAUGGACGUGGAAUCGCACGUUCAGACCAAUCUUCAAUAUUAUCUAUGGGUGAAACACGUAGAAUUUCUCAUCCUGAACAGUAUACAAAUUCUACGACUACUCGUUCAAAUCCUCGAGUAAUACAACGAGUAGCUCCGCUAACAGGACAAACUACUAUGAUACCUGGUCAAUCAACUCAAUCUGAAUCUUCAAUAGCACUUGCUGAUGUUGAUCCCACAAAUCAUUCUGAAGAGCCAUUACCUCCUGGUUGGGAAAUGAGAUAUGACAUUUAUGGCAGAAGGUAUUAUGUCGAUCAUAAGACACGAAGUACUUCUUGGGAAAGGCCACAGCCUUUGCCACCAGGGUGGGAAGUUCGCAGAGAUCCAAGAGGUAGAAUUUAUUAUGUAGAUCAUAAUACAAGAACUACAACAUGGCAAAGACCAAAUACAGAAAGAUUGCAACAUUUUCAACACUGGCAAGGUGAAAGACAGCAUGUGGUACAGCAAGGUAACCAACGGUUUCUUUAUCCUCAAGUGCAUGGAAAUCAAGCAGCUAUAGCAGGACCCUCAACAUCUGUAGUUGAUGACGAUGAUGCUUUGGGACCAUUACCUGCUGGAUGGGAGAGACGUAAACAACCAGAAGGAAGAGUUUAUUAUGUAAAUCAUAAAAAUCGUACUACACAGUGGGAAGAUCCAAGAACGCAAGGACAAGAAACUGGAAUUGAUGAACCACCAUUACCAGAUGGUUGGGAAAUACGAUUAACUGAAGAUGGAGUUCGAUAUUUUGUAGAUCAUAAUACAAGAACAACUACAUUUCAAGAUCCAAGACCUGGAGCACCUAAAGGUCCUAAAGGUAUUUAUCGUGUACCAAGAGCAUAUGAAAGAUCAUUCCGAUGGAAAUUAUCACAAUUUCGGUUCUUAUGUCAAACUAAUGCAUUACCGAAUCAUAUAAAAAUUAGUGUCAAUCGACAGACAUUAUUCGAAGAUUCUUAUCAUCAAAUAAUGAAUGCAGAAGCUUUUGCGUUAAGACGUAGAUUAUAUAUCAUAUUUAAAGGAGAAGAAGGGUUAGAUUAUGGAGGUGUAUCAAGUGAGUGGUUCUUUUUGUUGAGUCAUGAAGUAUUAAAUCCAAUGUACUGUUUGUUUGAAUAUGCCAAUAAGAGUAAUUACAGUUUACAAAUCAAUCCAGCAUCUUAUGUCAAUCCCGAUCAUUUACAAUAUUUUAAAUUUAUUGGAAGAUUUAUAGCAAUGGCUCUCUAUCAUGGACGAUUUAUCUAUAGUGGUUUCACUAUGCCGUUCUAUAAACGUAUGUUAAAUAAGAAAUUGGUUAUGAAAGAUAUAGAGUCCAUCGAUCCGGAAUUUUAUAAAUCUCUUGUAUGGAUAAAAGAAAAUAAUAUUGAUGAAUGUGGCCUCGAAUUGUAUUAUAGUGUGGAUUUUGAAAUUCUUGGUCAAGUCAUACAUCAUGAAUUAAAAGAAGGUGGUGACAAAAUUAGAGUUGUUGAAGAUAAUAAAGAGGAUUACAUUAGGUUAAUGACAGAAUGGCGAAUGACAAGAGGUAUAGAGGACCAAACUAAAGCAUUUCUGGAAGGUUUCAAUUCAGUUGUACCAUUAGAAUGGUUAAAAUAUUUUGAUGAACGUGAACUAGAAUUGAUGCUCUGUGGUAUGCAAGAAAUAGAUGUAGAAGACUGGCAACGUAAUACAAUUUAUAGACAUUAUACACGAAACAGUAAACAAAUCUUAUGGUUCUGGCAGUUUGUAACAAGAACAGACAGUGAAAAACGAGCACGACUUUUACAAUUUGUAACAGGUACUUGUCGCGUACCUGUUGGAGGUUUUGCAGAACUAAUGGGAAGCAACGGUCCUCAAAGAUUUUGCAUAGAAAAAGUAGGAAAAGAUACAUGGCUACCUAGAUCACAUACAUGCUUCAAUAGAUUGGAUCUACCACCAUAUAAGAGUUAUGAUCAACUAGUAGAAAAGUUAAACUAUGCAAUUGAAGAAACGGAAGGUUUUGGUCAAGAAUAAUUAGAAAUAUAUCUUAUUAAACAUAUAUGUUACUGCGUAUAAAGUGAUAAAGACAAAUUUAGUAUAGUAGUACAAAGUUUUAAUGGCUUUAUUUAUCUUGUUUUCAAUAACAAGACAAAAUUAUUAAAUGAAAGAAUUU